GGUUCCAUUGUAGCCGCAGCAGUUGAAUGGUUGCAUUCGUAGUGAAAAACCGUAGCUUGUACUCCAGUUGAAGCAGUUAUCGUUUCUACGCUCAUAGUCGAACGGCUUUGUUCUAUGGACCGUGUGUGUGUUUUCCAUCUUCCUACAGUGUGUUAACGACGUUCUUAAAGGGACGGACCAUUCAAAUCUACCUCGAAAAUUGUGCUCAUUUACACCUCGCAGAAUUCAAACGGCAUACGUAGCUUAAGCAAGUAGCAGAAAUCGUCGAAAGGGAAAAUCGUAGUAAGGAGCACUAUCAGUGAUCAGAUACAUCGAGUGAAAAAGGAAAAUAGUGGGGCGUACAGGAAUCGGAUUCACCAUGGCAUGGAGAUUUAAAGCAUCCAAGUACAAGAAUGCGACACCAAUGGUUCCAAAGCCAGAGGCGUGCAUUCGGGACAUAUGCGUGGGUUCGUAUCAAACCUAUGGCAAUAACGUUGCCGCGUCUGCUGCGUUCAUCGCGUUCAACUGGGAGCAUGUAGGCUCAAGUCUGGCAGUGUUGCCAAUCGACGAUUGUGGCCGCAAAGGCAAGGCUAUGCCUCUUUUGCACGCACACUCGGAUACGGUAACCUAUCUCGAUUUCUCGCCGUUCCAUGAUGGUCUCCUAGCGACCGGAUCGCAAGAUUGUCUGGUAAAGGUGUGGCACGUUCCCGAGAAAGGACUAGAACAGUCCAUUUCGAAUCCCGAGUGUUCAUUCUCCACAAAACAAAGGCGAGUGGAAACGGUCGGUUUUCACCCAACUGCAGACUGCUUGCUCUUCGCUACCGCAAUAGGCUGCGUUAGCCUGUGGGACUUAACCUGUCAAAAGGAAGCUUUCACCAACAAUGACCAUCCGGAGGUGAUACAGUCGCUGAGCUGGAAACUUGAUGGGAAGACGUGUGCUACCAGCUGCAAGGACAAAAUGGUGCGUGUAUUGGACCCCCGUGCUCCAUCGCCUAUCGUAAUGGCGACGGAAAGCCAUCAAAGCAUAAAGGACUCGCGGAUCGUCUGGUUGGGGGACCAAGAUCGUAUUUUGACAACAGGGUUCGAUGCUUCGCGUGUGCGCCAGGUUUUCAUACGUGAUCUGCGCAAUUUUUCCACACCCGAAAAACUGCUUGAACUCGACUGCUCAACAGGCGUUCUGAUGCCAUUGUUUGAUCCCGACACAAACAUGCUCUUUCUAGCUGGAAAAGGCGACACUACCAUCAAUUAUCUAGAGAUCAUGGACAAAGAUCCAUUUUUGAUUGAAGGUAUUCGCCAUUCCGGCGAGCAAACCAAGGGAGCUUGUUUAGUUCCCAAACGAGCGCUCAAAGUCAUGGAAGGGGAGGUAAACCGCAUCAUUCAACUGACAUCCAACUCGGUCAUUCCAAUAAUGUAUCAAGUCCCACGAAAGAGCUACCGUGACUUUCACAGCGAUUUGUAUCCCGACACUAACGGAUUUAAAAGCGACCUUUCUGCAACGCAGUGGCUAGCCGGACUGGAUGCUCCAGUGCCAAAAAUUAGCCUGGAUCCAGCAAUGCGUGAACUUGGUGAAGCUCCUGUUGUUAUCUUGAGAGGUCCCCUCACCGAGGUGGUUAAUAACAUAGCCAAUAAAACACGCAACAAUAAUGCGUGUGAUACUUGUACGGCAGUAAAAAUUGAAAAGGAGAGUAUCGUGAAGCCUCACUUUGUACCGAUAAAGGAUAAAAUCAAGCAGAUAGAGCACCAGUCACACACGGAAAAGUGUGAACUAGAACAAAAGUUUAAAGAACUUUCAUCGAUAAAAGGGGGAAUGGUCAAUGAGAAUGCCAAUCUAGUUAAUAACCAGGUUGAAAACAACGGAAAUCAUCAAUCGGAUGUCGCAUACAGCCACCCUUUGGACCAAGAAACAAUCGAAUCGGAAAUGGGAAAACAGGGCGAAACAACCCCGCCGAAACCAUUGCCAAGAACAUCAAGGAACAACUCUGUCUCCGAGUUUCUUUCUGGAUCCACAGAGGAAGCCAAUAGCGUGUCAGCGCACAGACCGGUAGCAAGACCUAGAACCACUACUGCGGCAUAUAAGCCUCGCCUUGGGCCGAAACCAUUUAGCAGUUCGACUGCUCAGGGAGACUUCUCAUUCGAUAAAAUAUUCAACGUCCCACACGCACCCUGCAGCGAGUCGGUAGAAAAAGAUACGGUCAACCGCCAGGGCGAUUAUUCGCUCGAUACAAACGGAGGUCAAGAUGUACAGUAUUCAAGCCUCCAGGAAAUGAAAUCAUCCGAACCGAUGGACCAAGAAGAUGAGGCCCAUCAGCAACAACCAGAUAUAGAUGGGUCCCACGUAGCGUCUACGUACGAGUUGCGAAAGAGUGAUAAGAGCGAUCAGAUUUUCGAAAAAAAGGCUUCCACGGAGUCGGUAGAUCAAUUCGAUGCUGCUGCUGCCGAAGAAAAGUCGCAGUUCGAGCGUUUGACUGCACAAAGAUCAAGUAUUGCGGAAAGGCGUCGUAUGUAUGAAGGCAGAUCCCAGAGUAUGCAGGAAGAAAAACCGGGUUCACCGACGCCUUUAAGACGGCGAGAAUCUUUGAAAGUACGAGGAGAACAAAAAGUUUCCGAUGAUACUGAAGCAAUGCCGCCUCCAAGUUCCGAUUUUCUGCAAAACCGCAAAGACCUGACGAAAGAGAAUGUUCCGGACACAAUCAAGCGAAGUAAUAGUACGACUUCAAAUGCCAACAGUGCUGUAUCAAAACGGACUUCCACUGUGUUUGGGAGAGUGUCCAAAUUUCGCCAUUUGAAAGGCACGCCUGGUCAACGAGGUACAAACAUUGAUAACAUACGCAACCUAAGUCGCCAAAUUCCUGGGGAGUGUGACGGAUUUCAUGCAAAUGCUCAGCGCGUAGCUGUACCUAUCGCGGGUGCCGGUGGUAAGAUCGCCGUCUUGGAACUGGAUAAACCAGGUCGUCUUCCUGACGGCGUCAUUCCAACGCUAGUCAACAAACAAAACAUCAUGGACUUCCAAUGGGAUCCAUUCGAUCCUACGCGACUUGCUGUUGCGUGCGACGAUGGCGUUGUUAAACUCUGGACAAUCCCGGACGGUGGAUUGACUGAGCCAACCAACGAACCGUCAGCCGAGCUAGUUGCUCACUCGGAUAAAAUUUACAUCAUUCGCUAUCAUCCCCUUGCCAGCAAUGUGCUGCUCACCGCAAGCUGCGAUAUGCUGAUGAAAAUAUGGGAUUUGAAUACCAUGAUCGAGAAGUAUUGCCUCCGCGGUCACACUGAUCAAAUUUGUUGCUUCUCUUGGAGUUCGUGUGGUAAAUACGGUGCCACCGUUUCGAAGGACACUAAGAUAAGAAUGUUUGAACCGCGGAAGUCAAAUCAUCCGAUCAAGGAAGGUACCGGACCAGUCGGAACACGCGGUGCACGUAUUGUGUGGGCACUAGAAGGAGAAUAUUUGGUGGUAACCGGAUUCGACAAAGCUUCGGAACGGCAGAUCUAUGUAUAUAAAUCGACAGAUCUGAGCACUCCUAUGGGGAUGGUCGGCCUUGACGUGUCACCAGCUAUUUUGAUGCCCUUUUACGACGAGGAUAGUUCCACCCUUUUCGUAACCGGCAAAGGCGACGUGCGAAUCUAUUGCUUCGAAAUAACUGACGAAGCACCAUUUAUCUGCCCCUUGUCUCAUCAUCGAUGCGCAUCAAUGACGCAGGGGUUAAGCUUUCUCACGAAAAACAACUGUGACGUAGCGUUGGUAGAAUUUGCCAAAGCUCAACGACUCACGAAUGGCACCGUAGAAACCUUGAGCUUCACAGUUCCUCGAAUCAAAUCGGAACUGUUCCAGGAUGAUCUUUUCCCUCCUACAAAAGUCAUCUGGCAUCCAACACUGACUGCGGAAGAAUGGUUUGCAGGAAAGGAUGUUGAGCCUGCUCGAAAAAGCCUGCAACCAGAGGGCAUGGAAACAUUAUCGUCGAUUUAUACGUCCACAACACCGAUCUCGAAGAAGAAUGAGACAACUGAAGGCUCACUGAAACUAUCAAAUAAAACUACCGAGCAAGUUAAGGAAGAGAUAAAAAACUCAGUUAGUGCCCGAAUGUCGGUGAACAAAACCCUCGAACAAGACAGCAUGGAAGGUGUGGACGAAACAGAAUGGGACGAGUAGACACAGCAGCCUAUCCAAUGAUUAAUUUUAUCACUAUCAUUUAUAUAUUCGCCUAACCCCGCCUUCAAUUCUUUCGUCUAAUGCAUUUUCAGUAGCGCACUCGAUAAUACAUGAUUAUAUUUGUUUCACUUCAUUCAUUCACUUCAUUGCUUUCGGGUGAUAGAAAUUUGAUUUAAAUUAUUUUCACAUUGCAUUAUAAAUUGUAUGACUUACCAUACUGCACAGGAGUAGCAAAUAGCAAACGAAAAACACAAAUAUUGACAACAGCGUAAUAACACCGAGACUGAUUCCUGAUGUAUGCGUGGUUAAGGAAAAUGAACUACUGCCAAGAAACAGAAAAUCUUGUUAAAAAUAAUUUUUUGGACGAGCGCUUGCGGUAGACAAUUUUAUACAUUUUAUAAACUAAUUGUUCGCGAUGGAUUGAGCGAUGGAGUAGGUUUUGUAAAAAUAACAAAGGGAUGAUAAAACUUUUAACGUCAAUAUAAAAAUAUCAGCAACUCGAACACAAAAAAGAAGCACGACAAUAUGGGUAACGUAAUGAGCAAAAUAUUAAAAAAAUAUUAGUCAGUUUAGUGCUUACGAAGUAUUUUUUCCAUCGCAAACGUUUCAAUCAUCUUAAUUUGCACUUAAUAAAAAAUUAUUGAUAGUCAGCUACCACACUAGAAACUAGUCAAUAUGGGUCUUAUAAUCGAUCACUGGACAUGGUGAAAGCUAAGGGUUGUUCUUACCCUUAUCAGAUGUGGAUCAACGAUAACUGAGAAGAAUUGAAAAAUACAAAACAAGACACGAUCUUAUGGGAAAAUGGCAUUAUAAAGAGACGUAAGCCAACACAAAAUAUGAUAAAUUGGUAGGGCCUGUGCAAUUUUGACGGGCAUUAGGAUCAGUAUUAGGGUAAUUGUAUUGACCAAGACAAAAAUUUGAUAAACGCCCUUGCUCUAUGGUCUUGCUCUUGCUCUAUAUGAUAAAUUGAUAGGGCCUGUGCAAUUUUGACGGGCAUCGAGAUCAGUAUUAGGGUAAUUGUAUUGACCAAGACAAAAAAUUGAUAAACGCUCUUGCUCUUCCUUCAUACAGCUCACUCGCUCUCGCCAGUAAUCGAAGAAAACUUCAAUGCUGCCCGAAUCAACCUUCUUAGGAACGGUAGUGUACAUAGUGUCAUUGGCAAGAAUUAAUAUUUUAUUUAUUUUUAAAUGGUUUGAAAUUACACUAAAUAUUGUGAUCAUUGUAUUAAUUAGUUUGAAUGCAAUUACGUCUCUGAUUUAAUCUAAAGAGUGCCAUCUGAUUUAAAACGUCGGUUUCAUUCUGUAGAUGUUCGAUAAGACACAUUGCCAUUCCUUUGUUUUCACUAUUACAUAGAAGCAUCGAAGCACUUUACUUUUUCUCGAUGAACAAAAAAAAACACAGAAUACCGUGUCGCAGUAAAAAUUGUAAUACGUUGGUGGACCGUGUGUCGGGUCUUUGUUUGUGUCGUAACUUUAAUUACAGUCUCAUAACCCGAUUAAUAAUCAGUAUGUUGAUAUUGUAAGAUAUUUGCUUUCCCAAAAAAAUCAUAAUAACCAACGUAGGCAGUAAAAGACGAUGCAUGAAACGCCACAGAACUUUUCUAAUCUUUUUUAUGGGGCAUCAAGCAUACGAAGUAACUGUGAACCAAAUCGUGCUAUGGUGAUAUCAAAAGAAUGAGCACGAAGCACAAGUUGUCACGAAGUUACUUAUCACAGAAACUACUUAAUGCCCUCAAAGCUUGCUCUCAAUCUAUUCUCGGUGCAUCUAGCCAGGUGCAAAAUAUAAAAUAUGCUUUAGCUCAACAAAAAGUUUUGUGAAA